GGAUAGUUCAGGACUCACCUGAUCCAGCCCUAACUAUAAGCUUUAUCAAAGAGGAAUAUUAGCUGUAAUGUCUUAUUAAGACAAAGUUAGAUAUAUUUUGUUAAAAGGAGAUUAGUUUUGAAAUGUAACGCAUGCUUGAAAUUAUUACUAUUGGGCUUUUAUUACUUUCUUGACAUUCCUUUUUUGUAGUGUAGAACUAAGGACACCUAACUGCCUGACAGAGUGCGUUGCUUUGCUCAAACUUCCAUUUAACAGAAACAGCACAUUAAAAUGAAGUUGAUUUCCAGGUAAUAGAUGCUGCAGUGGGGGGAUCAUCAGCAACGGUGGGUGUUGUCGGAGGGGUAGCAGGUGCGGCUCACCAAGCAACUGUGACAACAGUAGAUCAGACACAAAUCAUCACACUACAGGUGGUAAACAUGGAGGAGCAGGCCGCUCUGGGUCUGGGGGAACUCCAGUUGGUCCAAGUUCCCGUUUCUGCCUCCACUGUGGAGGCCCUGCAGCAAGGAACCUUUGUAGACACCACUGCUAUGCCAAAAGACGGCGACCCGGUCAUCUGUCACACCCUGCCGCUGCCUGAGGGCUUUCAGGUAGUUAAGGUCGGUGCUAAUGGGGAGGUGGAGACAGUGGAGCAGGAGGAUGAUGGGGGAGAAGCCCAUCCUGAGGAGGAAGAUGAGGAGGUGGGGAGCCAGCUGCUGGAAGAAGGGGAGGAUGAGCCCAUUCAGCCUCCCAAUGACGACACAAACUGGGCUAAAGACCCGGACUAUCAGCCCCCGUCUGGAGCUGUCAAAAAGACUAAAAAGGCAAGAUAG